AUUUCAGCCUAAAGAAAAUUAUUUUAAAACGUUCUGCUAAGAUGAGAAUGUUCAAGUUAUAUUAUUGAUUGGGUCGGAUAAAUCGGUAUUAUAUUGAUGAAUACCAAAGUAUUGGAAAACACAGUAUUUAUUUAUCUGCCAAUAUUUUUUUAAACUGGCAACAGCGGAACUACACCCUCGCUUCACCACUUGUCGUAAGUCACUCGCAGCAGGUUUAACCUCAAAGCGGCCAGCCACAACACAACAAAGACGCAAUGGAGGCGAUCAACAACUGCUCGCUGCAGGUCAGGGCGAAGCCCGACUGCAGCACCAUCGGCCUGAAGUUCGACGUGGGCGCCACCACCUUCCAGCUCUGGUGCACGCUGAAGCACAGCUUCGCCUGCCACUCGAACGAAGGCUUCCUGGCCAAGCUGCUCGAAAUCGCCCAGGAGUACCUGGUGAGCAGGCAAAGUUCGGGCAGUGAGCAGGGCCAGAGCGACGGGGACUCGGGCAAUUCAAGCAGCAGCGCCCCGCUGGAGCCGGAGGACGCGCCCAAGCUCCCUCGCAGCCGGAAAAAGGGGCCCAAAGGCGGCGAAGCCCAGGAGCCGUGCCGCUACUGCGACGCCAGCCACUGCGACAGCGACUGCCCCGUCCACAAGCCUGCGGAGCUGGUGGCGGACGCCCCGGCGCUCUGGGACGGGUUCUGCAAGAGCCCCGAACUGGCCAGGAGUUCGCUGCCSAGSUGUUUGGCGUUUGGGGCGCGCGACACGGGGGUGGUGGCCAAGCGGGGCCUGGCGGCCCACACGCAGUUCGGCCCCCUGAUAGGGGCGAAGCGCACCGCGGUGGACAUUCGCGACGACUGCGACAUGAAGCACAUCUGGGAGCUGCAGCUGGGCGCCGGCAACGCCUACCUGGACACGGAGGACCCGCGCAGCUCCAACUGGAUGCGGGCCGUGCGGCCGGCGCCCACGCGCCAGGGGCGCAACCUGACCGUGCUGAUCAAAGACAGCGGGCUCUACCUGGUGAGCAUCCGCGCCCUCCUGGCGGGCGAGGAGCUGCUCUACUGGCAGGACACGUUCGAGGCGGGCGGCCGCAAGAAGCCCGACAAAACCGCCUGCGGCGGCUGCAACAUGGCCUUCGAGCACCCGCUGCACUACAAAGUGCACUGCUCGCUGUUCCACGACACGCGCUUCAGCCUGACCAUCCGCAAGUACCACUGCAAGGUGUGCGGCGCCGCCGUGCUGGGCAAAGACAACAUCCGGAAGCACGCGGCCGAGCAGCACAACGGCAAGGGCGCCUACCAGUGCCAGUUCUGCAGCAAGUUCUUCCUGCGCCUCAACUACCUGGAAAUGCACCGCACCUACGGAUGCUCCGCCAAUCCGCAGCGCAGCAAGUCGCUGUGCGACUUCUGCGGCCGCAACUUCUGCCAGCCGCAGAAGCUCAAGAUCCACAUCAAGCGCAUGCACAGCGAUCUGGCCGACGCCCUCAAGGACUUCCAGUGCAGCAAGUGCCUGAAGCUGCUGGGCUCGCGGGCGGCGCUGCAGCGCCACAUCAAGGAGGUGCACGACAAGCAGGGCGACGCCUCCUACCCCUGCACGGUCUGCACCAAGCACUUCCAGAACAAGUCCAACUUGAAGAUCCACAUGCUGACGCACAGCGGCAUCAAGCCCUUCAAGUGCACGGUGGCGGACUGCGGCGCCGCCUUCACCACCAAGCAGUGCCUGCAGCUGCACUACCGCAAGGUGCACAGCUUCGACGAGAACUCCAUGCCGAAGAUCGAGCGCGCCGUCUCCUACACGCUGCAGGCGUACAGCGGCGACCAGAAGGCGCAGCCCGAGCCGCCGGCGGCCUUCGAGGAGGCGCCCCUGGGGCUGCACACAGUGGAGCAGAUGAUCAAGGAGCCGGCCGCCAAAGGCGAGAAAAAGUGGGAGUCGCUUCGCGCCGCGAGCUUCGAGGGGGCGCAGCCCAAGUACUCAAUCGCCGACACCUCCAACGCCAGCCUCCUGGUGGAGGCGGCGCUGGACUCGGUCUGCAACGACGCCAGCCUGGACAUCGACGUCGAGGUGUCCCACACCGUCCCGGACUGUCCCGAUCUGUACGCGCUGCAGGACGACUACCAGUCGCAGGACAUCAACCUGAUCUCGCCGUCGGUGGACCACGUCUCCGUCACGGACGAGCUGGAGGGCGACAGCAAAGGCCCGGGCUUGCAGUACGGGCUGGCCGAGGACCAGUUCCGCCCCAAGGGGGCGGAAUCCGCGCCGGGGCGGGCGGCGUUCGCCCCGGGGGGCUGGCCGGGCGACAGCCCGCGCCGCUACGAGCCGGCCCACCCGGACCUGCUGGAGGACGCGGUCGAGGGCAAGGGGCCCCUGGGGCUGCGCGUCAAGCCCUCGAUUCGCAUGCACGACUACUUCCGGCGGCUCUGGUUCGAGGAGAACAGCGAGUGCGGCCCCCAGGCCGAGCCCCUUGAGGCCGACCCGGACGGCAGGCUGCGMGUCUACGACGCCCCCAAGCCGACCGACUUGGGGCCGAUGGACGGGCGCGAGCCCGACCUGCAGGGCCUGGACAUGUCCACGCGCAGCUUCCACAACUACCCGGCCAACAUCAACCGCUUCCACCCGGUCUACCCCGAGCUGGACCUGCGGCUCAACUACACGCCGCCCCCGUACGACCUGGUGCGCGUCGUCUCCCUGGAUCUCUCGCCCCCGGGGCGCCACAGCGUCGACCUCACCCUCAGGGGCCUGCCCCUGCACCAGAUCACCAACUCCAGGUUGCUAGGCGACCACGGGCUGGGCAACAAACACCGCAUCUUCGACCAGGCGCGGAUGCUGGGGGGCGAUUUGGCAGGAGGCGAGCAGUUGGGGGAGCACGGGAGGCCCCUGAUGGGCGACAGCCACCUGGCGUUCGGCGCCUACCCAGCAGUGCCCCAGCCCGGGUACCAUGCGGCCGCAUCCCCGGCCAGCGCCGGCUACCACCACCCCUACACCUACUACCCCUAAGCCUAUUACUUAGCGCAAAGGGGGCGCCAUCUCGUCGCCGAAUCGGCCAGGUGGCCGCCCGCCGCCCCCCCAUGGAUGUGCGGCGGUUGAGCGGGCGGGGGCGCAUGUCCCGCAAACUCCACAUAACUUCGGAAGUUUCGCGCUGCGUCCAACAGUUUGUUGCUGAACCGUCAACUGGCAGACAGAAAUGGCCGUUUGCUUCCAUCAUGCCGCCCUGGUUUUCGCCCUGUUCUUCACCUGGUUGCUGGCGGGACGGGCGCGUCCAGCYCCCGAUCCGGCCCCAUCGAGGCUGCAGCCCCAGGACCGCAGCCUCAAGCCGCGCUUUCUGAUUGCGGCGGAGCUGCCCGAGCUGUUCGAGCGCCCCUACAGGGCUCUGGACAAGGGGAUCCGGCCGCGGAGCACCCGCGUGGGCGACGACCUGUUCAUAGCGCGCGGCUAUGGAAAACGGUCUGGCAAGGCGCAACAGAUGCCCCUGAUGAUCCCUAGGGGCUACGGGAAGAGGAGCCAGGACAAUGUGGAUCGGCUACUGUGCCUCAUCACCAAAUGCAACGGGCGGCUCCAGGUGGAGCUGGACGAGAUGGAGGAGCAGCCGCCCCAGGACGCCGCCGCCCCCGAUGAAGACUGAGCGCCAGACUAAGCUGACGUAGUGCUCCUGAACGUUGUGCCAUUUCCUCACUGUCUCACUGUCUAAUUAACUAAUUAACUACUAAUGGAUUCUUCUCUGUUAAUCGAAUGACAGAAAAAGUACAUUUUCGUAAAAU